AUGCAGAUGGAAGAUUUCAUCAACGCCCAUAACCUCUUACUACACAAUACCCCAGAAGACCCGCCAACCUUUGUCACAAUCAACGGAAAAGGGUGGCAUGACCUAACACUCUCUUCCCAUCACUUAAUCAACAGGAUUAACAAUCGUCGUAUUUGCGAAGAUGAGUCCAUCUCAGACCAUCAAAUAAUUACUUUUGAUAUCGUAUUCGAGGUUCCGCACACUCAAACGCUACGUUAUCGCAUCAACCGAAAUGCAGAAAAGAAAUUUGCUAAAGCUCUGAACUCCAAAGCACAUAUCAUUCUCCAUGAAAUUCAAAGCAUCAACUCCAAAGAUGAAGUUAAUGCAUAUGCUACAACUCUUACCAAGCAUAUCCAAGAAAUCAGCCAUACGUCCCUUAAAAUCAAAACAGUCAACCACAACACGAAGCCCAACUGGUGGACCAAGGAACUACGAGCAGAGCGCCAAAAAACCAAAGCUCUAAGACGAAAAAUGAAAAGGAGAACGACCGACGAGGAACGCAAAGCAGCAUGGAUCGACUUUAACAAGCAACGUGCAAUCUACAAAAAGAAACUAAUUGAAGCAAAACUAAAAUCCUGGACUACCUACUGUACGAAAAAUCAAACUACCUAUGGAGCCCUUUACAAAAUGACCACUUCCAAGAUUUAUAAACCAACUCAAAUCCACGCAACAACCAAUACAUCACAAAGUAAUGGCACGGACCUCACGAGCACCACCAUCAACGGUAUCCUGGACCAAGUCUUUUUGAAAGACGACAGUGCAGAAGAUAAACCGGAGCAAAAAGAACUAAGAGCAUCCACACAAACACCAAGCACACCAGAUGACAUUCCAUUCACAAGAAAGAAAUACUUCAAAUAG